AUGUCUGCUAAAGCCGAAAAGAAGCCAGCCUCCAAGGCCCCAGCUGAGAAGAAGCCAGCUGCUAAGAAGACCGCAUCUGCUGUUGAGUCUAAGGGUAGAAAGAACAAGGCAAGAAAGGAGACCUACUCCUCUUACAUUUACAAGGUUUUGAAACAAACUCAUCCAGACACUGGUAUCUCUCAAAAAUCCAUGUCUAUUUUAAACUCCUUCGUUAAUGAUAUCUUUGAAAGAAUUGCUACCGAAGCUUCUAAACUAGCUGCUUACAACAGAAAGUCUACUAUCUCUGCUAGAGAGAUUCAAACUGCUGUAAGACUAAUUUUGCCGGGUGAAUUGGCUAAACAUGCCGUGUCUGAAGGUACUAGAGCUGUGACUAAGUACUCUUCUUCUACUCAGGCUUAA